AUGAUUACACUACGCCCUGAGGUUGCUAAGAGAAUGAUGCAGGAGUUUAGGAAACUCUCCAAAGCUGAGCUUGGUGGAAUCAAAAUCAAGAUGAAUGAAGACAAUCUUUCUGAAGUUCAAGCAACAAUAGAAGGACCAGCUGAAACACCAUUUGAAGGUGGUGAAUUUGAUAUUAAAUUAGAAAUUGGGAAGAAUUCCCUCAGAAACCACCAAAAGGAUACUUCCUUACAAAAUUUUCCAUCCAAAUAUUUCUGA